AGAAACGAGGGUGAGCUUAGCCAUUGGUAGAGUGGUACGGUCUGAGCACAGGCUGUGCCUUGUGUGGGGAAGACGAGCAGAACUGCAAGGAGUGGCAGGGAGGAAGAGAGAGAGGAAGAGAGAGAGGAAGAGAGAGAGGAAGAGUGGGGGAAGGGAGAGCAUCUUUUGCCUGAAUCCUUUACAAGCAUCCACCCCACAGUAUAAGCUACACAGGUGAAACAACAUGGACCGUCUCAACACCACCUCUCUCCCGUGGCUCCCUGACGCCGCCCCGCUGUCCCAGGUCUCCCUGCAGGUUCAGGAGGUGUACCCGUUCCACGACGGCUGGAACAUAGCGUGCUUCGUCAUCCUACUCCUCUUCAUCAUCACAGUAGUCUCCCUGGCAGCUCUGGCCUUCCUCUACGAGCUGCUGGACUGUGGCUGCUGUGUCAAGGGGAAGACCCACCGUGACCUGAUGGAGGAGGAAGGUCCCUUCCACAACAUGGUGGAGAAGAUCCACAGUCCCACGGGGUCACAAACCGAGGUGGUGUAAGGGGGUUAUUAAAGGGGUCGUUGCCACCAGUGACCAGGGCCAAGCAGGAAGUUAGGUCAUGAUCGUUGACCCUGAAUCUGAACCCGAGACUGACUGUGCUGUGUGCUCACAGUUUGAGAACAGUGAGACUGCACCUUCGUAUGUGUGAGAUUGUGUGUGUGUGUGUGUCCCUGUUCCCGUGUGUGUGUGUGUGUGUCCCUGUUCCCGUGUGUGUGUGUGUGUGUGUGUCCCUGUU